AUGCUGAGAGAGUGUAAAGAUCCAGACCAACUCCUAGCAAUAGCAUUGACAGCGAUCAACGCACGCGCCGACGUGGUAGGUGCAUUCACCUCUCAGGCUGCCUGCGAUAUUGACGAAAUCUUCACCAUUGUGGCUACACAUAAGAAAACAACGAAUUAUAAGCGCCGGAUAGAGCAAUGGGAAUAUGGAACAAAUGCCAGUCUUAGUAGUGGUGGACUAGCAUCAUGGAAAGCGCUUAAGGAUGCACAGCAGUGGAUUACUUCGUAUGAAUACACGAUUCACGAGAAUUAG